ACGAGUUGACAGAACCUGAGUUGCUUUAUUGAAGAGUUUCAAUCAGUUUAAGUAAAAACCUAUUGUUCAAAUAAAAAUAAUAUAAAAUAACAUGGCGCAGUCAUCAGAAAUCAACUCGAAGUAAUAAGUAACCAAAAUUAAUGGAAUAAAUUACAAUCGGUGUAUGUGCUACGGUCAUUAGAAAUAAUUAUAAUACGAAUCGAUACCAAUACUAAAUGGGGGACAGCCGAGGAAUUUCAGUGCUAUCGUUCAGAGGGAACGUCGCAGAAAAUUGGAAGUUAUGGCGAGCACGUUUUGAAAAUUAUCUAGUGGCGUCUGAGGUAGCCAAAAAAGAUGAAAAAACCCAAUGUGCGCAGUUAUUACAUUACAUAGGAGAUGAGGGAUUUCGAGUGUAUACCACGUUUAAAAUAGAAGAGACAGAAAAACAUAAAUUACAGGUGCUGCUAAACAAGUUUGAAGAACACUUUUUGGGGAAGGAAAAUUGCCUAUGAAAGGUAUAAGUUCUUUACAUCUAUACAAGAAGAAGAACAAAGUACUGAAGAUUUCAUUAUUGAACUUAAAAAGAAAGCAACACGUUGCCAAUUAAGGGAACUUGAAGAUAGCUUGGUAGUAACAAUGAUCACCUGUGGGAUAAAAAAUCAGACGAUCAGAGAGAGACUCCUUCAGGAAGACGAUCUAAAAUUGGACAAGGCAGUUGAUCUUUGUCAAGUGAUUGAGUCAGCGAAAGCUCAAAGCCAGAUUAUCAGCCAAGGACAAGGUACAAGUUCAUCAUCAUUGAAAUGUGACAUCGACCAACUACAAACAAAACAACGUGGUAAAUCCCAGGGUAAAUUCAUCACAAAUUGCAAUAAGUGUGGUAUGUCAAAACAUCCUGUAAAUAAAUGUCCUGCCUUUGGUAAAUCAUGUAAGUUUUGUGGCAAAUUGAAUCAUUUUGCAUCGGUGUGUUUUAAAAAUACACAUAAGGUAGAGAACAAUCAAAAUAAUCAAGUAACCCAUAAAGACUCUGUUAAUGAAGUUCUGGAAAGUAAAGUAAAUGCAAAUGUUGAGUUUCUCUAUGUAGGGAGUAUAAAUGAAACGGUAGCAGAAAUAAAUUUAGGAAAUCAGUGGCGUACAGAAUUAAACAUAGCAGAAAAGACAGUUAGUUUUAAGAUUGAUACAGGGGCUAUGGCAAAUGUCUUACCUUUUAACAUGUUUAGUUCGCUAGGAUUAUCUAAAAACAUAAUUAGAAAAACAAACACAAUGUUAAAUUCUUAUACGGGUGAUAAAUUAAAGGUUCUGGGAAAGUGCGAGGUUCCAUGCAUAAAGGAUGGAAAUACUUACUUGUUGAAUUUUUUCGUCGUUAAUUCAAAUACUGAAGCGAUUUUAGGGUUAGAGACGAGCAUUAAUUUAAAAUUAAUAAUGAAAAUUGAUAGGUUAAAUAAAAUAAAAAAUGAAUACUCAAAUAUUAUUGAGAAAUUUAAAGAUGUGUUUAAUGGUAUUGGUUGUUUUGGUUCACCUUACCAAAUAAUAAUAGAUAAAAAUGCAAAACCAAUAGUACACCCCACUAUGAAGGUAGCACUGCCUUUACUAGAUUCAUUAAAGAAAGCCUUACUGAGUUAGAGAAAACCGGUAUAAUUAAAAAAGUGUUAGGUCCGACAGAUUGGGUUAAUGCGUUGGUUUUAGUCAAAAAACCAAACGGG